GUCGGAUUAGGCGAUAGAGUGCACUCAGUCGCUUCCCUGGAGCAAUGGGACAGACACGUGCGUGAUCAUAUCAAAUGGUCUCAUUACAUGCGCUUGUCCUCACCCAUGAAACACGUCCUAGAGACUUUCUGCGUACAGCAUUUGCUCAAAUCUUAUUUCGCCUGGCUAGAGUGUGACUACGUGUUAAGCAUCUUAAUUGGACACUAGACCAACUGCAGGAGAGCAGGUCGGAAGCCAUGUAUUUCACACCGCGUGUGUUUGUGUAUGUGAAUAGCUAGCUGAUCACUUCAACUGAUUAGUUUGCUAUCUUAGAUCGUCCACACAGAGUCGAUAUUGGUGAGGCUUGCGGUCGAAAUCGAUUACCGCAACGUGAGCCUGCGGUGGAGGAGACGCCAGGGCACUAUGGCAACCCUACAGCCAACUCGCGUCUCAAAACAGAAAACAUGAAUGCUAGUGGCCGGUCUAAAAUCUCUCAGCAGUUUGGCUUGUUCAACAGCACUGAAUCAAAACUGCUGCUCGUGUGGGACUAAUGGUUGUCGAAACCUUGUGUGUUGGCUGUAGUCUGGAUUUGCUUGCGUGCUAAAUGAUGACGUCAUUAGUCGCGUUUUCAGAAUAAUUAUGAAACCGCCAUUUCCUGUCUAGGGGUGUCUUGUAUCCUUAAAGUGUUGCUGCACAUUUAGUUGGUCUCAAGUGGUCGACAGGACAAGAUCACAAUUACUGCCAUGAAAGCCUAUCAUGAGCCCUUGCAGGCAGCGUAUUUCAUCUGCUCUCUCUGCCAGGAGAGCUCGGCAAGUGGAGAUAUGUUCUACUUUGCAGGUCCCGGCGCUGUGCUCUGCAAGCGUAAGCCGGUGCAUCUGCAUAGGCCAUUGUCUGCGAGUACUGGGAGCUUGACGGACGCCAGUUCUCUUAUGUCUUCUCGUCACAGUCUGACAAGUUGCUCGAGUUCUUCACUGGUUGAGAGGUCGACGGAAAAUGGAAGCAAUGCAGUUCGUCCGUGCAGUUUGGCUUCGUUGGUUGGGAUGGACAAAUCUGGAAAACGACUGAAUGGCAACAAGCCCACUCGAGCUCGAACGAUCCUGACAGCAAGGCAACUGCAUGCUCUUCGAACAUGCUACAUGACUAAUCCCAAGCCUGAUGCCACAACAAGAAGCAAACUGUGCCAAAUGACAGGUCUGCAGCCUCGAGUGGUGAGAGUCUGGUUUCAGAACAAGCGGUGCAAGGACAAGAGGAAAGCAAUGCAGGCAAUGAAAAAAGCAGAAGAAAGUCAGAGAAAGGGAUCUUCUCCACACAGCCAGUCAGCAAGUGUUGAUCAUGGCUCCACCAUACUCUCAAGCUCAAAUUCUGGAGGUCAAAUGCCUGGAAGUGAUGGAAGCUGCCUUCCUCCACUGCCAAGUAUUCCAACCAUCACAACUGCAGAAACGGAUUUUAGGCAGAACGCAAUCAACAUCAUUCCAGUGCCUUCAAGCUGUUCUCAACCCAAAGAAACUUUCCUUCAUUCUCUGCCUUCCUGCAAUGAAGUUUUCACUCCAAAUCUGCCAGUAAAUGGCUGCUCAUUUGGUGACCUGCAACCGGUCGGUCCUCCAAAGUUCUCUGAUACAUUGUCUGCUUACUACCAACAACAGAUGUUCAAUGCUGCACCGUACCAACAGUCUGCUGACUGCACUCCAAACUGGGAAGAUCUACUCGGUCAUCACCAGUUAUUUGACGACCAACCACUGCCUUACUCCUCACACACUACAGGUGCCUGUUGGUAUGAAGGAAACACGACACCUUCACUGACCUCUGGACAUGACUAAUGGACUCAAUUCCUUAUCUAUGACUGAAGGCCACUAUUCUUGUGCUUUCAAGAGGUCUUUCUAUUUAGAACUUGAAUGAGUGUUCGAACUCUGACUAUAUGGUGCUCAGAAUAUAUCGUAUAUUUGCAUGAAGGAAGAGUAGGAGCUAUGAAUUCCUGAUACAUUUUGUUACAAAAAUCAUGUGUUUAUAGUUUACAUGGCUGUCUUAAUAGGCACCAGUCACUUCUCUCAAUGACCUUUGAUGGAAAGAGUUUCACAAGACAAAUGUGUAAUACACUAUGUGAAGCAAUUAA